UGAGGAUGAAGAGCCAGAAGGUGAGGAAGAUUUCUCCACCGUCGAUGCCCUGCUGGAUCUGUUAAGGAACAUGGUCCCACAGAACUUGAUUCAGGCUUGCUUCCAACAGUACAAGACUUCCAUAGUGGUGGUGCAAAAUGAGGAUGAUGACCAAAACUCCACCGUGGGAAUGAUAAAUAAUGCAACAGAUGUGCAGCUCGUGGGCCAAUAUGUUGAGGGAACCAACAUGACGGGCCUGAUCAUUUGGGCUUUUAUUUUUGGCCUCGCCAUUAACAGGAUAGGAGAGACGGGGGACGCCCUCGAGGAGCUCCUUACUGUCAUUAAUGAGGCCACAAAGAAGAUUUUCAACAUGAUACUGGGAUAUCUGCCCAUAGAAGUGCUAUUCAUGGUCACAAGCCACGCUGUUGAGGUUGAGGACUGGGAAACUGCUCUGAGUCUUGGAAAGUUCAUGGGAGUGGUUAUUUUCAGGCUUCUGAUCCAUGGCCUGGUGAUUCUGCCAAUGAUCUUUUUCAUGUUUGUGAGGCGUAACCCUCUCCCUGUCAUGAGAGCGGUCACCCCGGCCUUAGUCACUGCAAUGCUGAUCUCAUCCAGCUCUGCUGCACUACCCCUCACGUUUUUGUGCUGUGAGGAGAAACUGAGGAUCAACAGAAAAGUCACUCGCUUCAUGCUGCCCAUCUGCACCAACACCAACAUGAACGGAAGCGCCCUUUACGAAGUGGUCGCAGUAGUUUUCAUCGCCCAGCUCAACCGCAUCAAUCUGAACUUGAGCCAGUUAAUUACCAUUGCUGUGACAGCAGCAGCCACCAGCAUCGGCGCAGGAGGGAUCCCAGCUACAGGAGCAGUGACCACUCUCUUUGUUCUGACAGCGGUCGGCCUACCUGCUCAGGAUGCCUCUAUUCUGGUGGCUGUAGAAUGGCUCCUAGAUCGAUGCAACACCGUUGUCAACGUCUUUUCAGACUGCAUUGGCGUGUCGAUCAUCUAUGAAGUGUCCAAAAAAGAACUGGAGGAGCAUAGACAGGAAAUGAUACAGAUGGAUUUCAGCAACGCUGCGGACGUUGCCCCUGACCAGAUCCAGGUCCACUUCAGCGACAGGGAAUCGGAAAACGAGUCCCUACAUACCCCACCCGAAAAUCCAUUCUCUGAAUUCAGUGAUGCAGCGGAGCAGCUCGACCCAAACCCGUCAUCCUGAGACCCAGUUUUAAUGAUUUAGUGAUGAGUACAGUGCAGCAGUGGAUGUGGUACAAAAGCCAGUUGAUCUGUGUAAAACUCAGAAUCAGAAUCAGAUGGAAUAGAUGAGUCUUGUUAAAUAAUCUCAGCUGUAUAUACUUCUAUUAAAUUUAUGUAACAAGCUGUUGAAAGUUAUUGAAAUGUAUUUAAUCUUGAUUGAUGGA